UCCUCCGUGUCUAGCGUCAACCCUCGCGCGCUCAGUUCGCUCCGUGCUUCACCGCGCCGAGUUCGCAUCAACGCCGGUCUAGACUUUACGCUAAUCCUUACCCGCUUUGUGCUCGGAUCCCUUGGAAACCUUGGAAAUUUUGCACUCAUCAAGCAAAACAGGUGUUGAACUUUUCAUGUUCAGAAAAUUUCUCAAACAUUUUUUAGUUUGUUUAUUACUUGUGCCAUAUAGUUUACUGAUUCCUUUCAUCAUUGCUUAUUUCUUGAACCCUUGGUAAAUUGAAUCCACCCACACGUGACCUGGUCAUCUGUGAUUUUCACUCCCUUCAAUAAUUGUGUGUUAAAAAUCUUCAGUGUUCACAGUAAAAAAGUUAGCGCGAGUUAGGACUUUAAAAAAUUACACCCCUGCAUGAUUACAAGAGUGAACUAUUCGGCAACACCGUUAGUUUCAAGUUUGAACAUAUGACGACCGGAAUAGCAUCGAAAAAAAUGACGUGAUUGUUUACUUUCUGGAAGAUUGCAAUUUGUGAGGAAGUUAUUCAUUUGAGAGUACCAGAAGACAGCUAGCAAAAUGGGGACGGUGGCAUCAUUGAUCAAAUUUGGCUAUUUGAUCGUGAUAGUCACAAUGAUACUCAUCAUCUGGGGGUCGAUAGCCAGCGCCUCAAGCGGAAGCGCACUGUACGGUCAUCGGUAUGGAGCUCUGGAGGCACAUAAGGACGACCCGCCUUGUGUUUUCAACCCCCUAUGCACGUGUUCAAAAGCUGUGCCAGAUCUAGGUAUAGUCCGGUGUCGAAAUGUACCCCUGCCGAGGAUACCACCACCUCUCAACAGUUCGAAAGUUUUCAUGCUUAUUUUAGAGAACAACGGGCUUGAAUAUUUCGAACCUCAUUUCCUAGAAGGAACAGGUUUAUAUCAUUUACAAAUCAUGCACAACCCCCUUCACCUGAUACCGGGUGAUGCAUUUCAAGGACUGGAAAGGUCUUUAUCUGAGCUGGAGAUUUCUCAUAGUUAUUUAGCAACAAUACCAAGCAGAGCUAUGCGGCAUCUUCAGAAAUUAAAAUACCUGAACUUAGAGGACAACGACAUCUCGGACAUCAGCAUGGAGUCGUGGCGAGGCCUGGAGCACUCCCUGCGGAUGCUGUCCCUGCGCGACAACGUGAUCUCGAACCUACCCCGCGGCGUGUUCAGCUCCCUGCAGGCCCUCGAGUACCUGGACCUCUCCGGCAACUCAAUCGCCGAACUCGACGGCGAGCUCUUCAUGCAGGGGCCGCCGCUUCUCAUGCAGCUCUUCCUCGCUGACAACCAGAUCAAAUACGUCCCUUACCCCCAGGUCGCCACUCUCAGGUCUCUGCGCACCUUAGAUUUAAGUUACAACCUGAUCUCAAACUUGCACUCGGCUGUGACGGAGCCUGGAUUCCAUCACAAACUUAGUCUUGAUAUUCUUCGCCUUGAUUACAACGAUAUUCAGUUCCUUCCACCAGGUUCCUUCCAACACCUCGAUAUCGUUAACAAAACUUACUUGAACGGAAAUCCGCUAUCGUUAGUUCAGACGGAUGCAUUCCGGGACGCGCGGAUCAGGGAGCUGUACCUGGUGGACUGCGGGUUGCAGGAGAUCUCUCCGUCGGCGUUCUCGGGCCUGGAGCCCUCGCUGCAGGUGCUGGACCUCUCGAAGAACAACCUGACCCAACUUCCGGCUACCCUCCUCCUCGAGUUCGACUUCCUCAAGACCCUCAACGUCCGCGACAACGUCCUCUUCGACCUGCAGGGCAGCGACGAGAGCAGCGCCCACCAGUUCCAGUACUCCAUCCACAAGCUCGACCUCAGCGGCAAGAGCAAUCAACCGGUUGCGCUUCAGGAUUUGCGCAGAAUGCGGAACCUGCGCUCCUUGAUCGUUUCAAGACUGAGACAAAAUCACAUCGGGGCCGAAGACUUCCAGGAAUUCAGCAUCGACUUGGAGGAGCUCAAAAUUUUACAUUCAAAUUUGAAGUCGAUAAAAAGCCACGCUUUCAAGAAUGUGCGAGGGUUGAAAAAGCUUGACCUGUCCUACAACACUAUUUCUUCGAUGGAUAGUGAAGCAUUCUCGGAUAUCGGUCAAUCUCUGACGUCACUGAGAUUAUCGCACGCGUUUUCUGGGUUACGAAAUAUACCUGGCGAGGCAUUUAAACCUCUCACGAACGUGGCUCAUCUCGAUUUGAGCUACAACAACUUCCAGAUCAUCCACGAAACGGCUUUCCACUACCUUAGGAGAGUCAAAAUUUUGGAAUUGCAGGACAACCACAUCGAACAGAUCCACAAGGGCACUUUCCAGGGUGACAUCCACGGGUUCUUGGAGGAGCUGUACCUAUCGUUCAACUUGAUCAAGCAGAUCAACACACACACGUUCGUGGAUAUCUCCUCGCUGGCGCACCUAUCCUUAGACGACAACCAGAUAUCGCGAAUUGAGCGUCGUGCCUUCAUCAAUUUGGACAACCUUAGGUUCCUCAACCUUAAAGGCAAUAAGAUCCAUUGGAUCUCUGACGAGGCCUUCCAGAACCUGCCAGAACUAGAGCUCCUGGACCUUGCCUACAACCAGCUUAAAUCUUUCGAUUUUGCCUGUCUUGACCAGGUUGGCACGUUAUCCUCGUUCAGAUUGAACAUAAGCUAUAAUGAAAUCCGGCAACUGAAAGCAAACAACAGUCUGACUCAAAGAGAGCUAAUGUUCCAUUCAAAUGUGAAGAUUUUGGAUUUGUCACACAACAACGUUUCUUCGAUUGCCCACGGCUACUUCCGACCAAUCGAGUCAAGCAUCACUCACCUGUAUCUGUCGCAUAAUUCGCUUCUCAACGCUACUCGCGAUAAUUUCGGAAACAUGCCUCAUCUCCAGUGGCUUGACCUGUCAGCCAACCUCAUCUCUGAGAUCGAUUUUGACUCCUUCAAAAAUACGCGAAAAUUGCAGAUUCUAUACUUGGGCUACAACCAACUGACAGACAUUCCAAGCGAGUUGUUCCGGUCACUAUCAAAUCUGAGGGUCGUAGACUUCCGUUCGAACAAACUUCGAUCCCUCCCCGACUCUCUGUUCAUUGAAACCGGUCUUGAGUACGUAUCCGUGGCCUACAACCAGUUGGGCCGAUUCCCUAUCUCAUCAUUUUCGGCCGCCGCAGCCUCGACCCUCUGCCACUUGGAUCUCUCGCAUAACGCCAUCCAAUCGAUCCACGCUCCGGAGCUUUUGUCCAGAUUCAGGAGUUUGCGUGAACUGGAUCUCUCGUUCAAUCGGCUGGUGCGAUUUGAAGAUGCGACAUUCAGUUCGCUGUCACGCCUCUCAAGCCUGGAGCUGAGCUCAAACCCUGAGUUGACUUUCGAACAGAAGGGUAGAGUUUUCAUUGGCCUUGAAACCUCCCUGAUCUAUUUGGGAUUCCAGAAUUUGUCCAUGUCAUAUCUUCCAGAAUUGCCGUUUACCGGUCUGCUGUAUCUGCAACUUUCCUACAACCGUCUUUCGAACUUCCCGGUCGAGUUGGCGAUGAAUCUUACGUCACUUCGAACUCUGGACCUCUCGCAUAAUGUCUUCUCUGAGAUUCCGUUGAUCGUCCACUCUUUGCCAUCUCUGAGGACCAUCGUCCUAUCACACAAUCACAUCGCUUCGUUCACCAACACAACGCUACUUGGUGGUCAUAACCGCCUGAGAGAAUUGGACAUCACACACCUGCCUGUCACGCAAUUUGAGAUGGGUUCAUUGAGCAAGUUGUCGGCGUUGAAGACUCUUCACAUUAGCCCUUACAAAAGUAUUCGAGAUUUCAACCUGCCGAAAAUUUUGGAGCAAAACACGGCGCUGAGAAAUUUGCAUGUCGAGGUUACUCACCGGACUAAUUUAGAAGCUGAAAUGCGGGGUGAAUUUCCUCCAAAACUUCGGAAUAUCACUUUAAGUGGACAAUUCCUGCAAUCGCUAGACUCACAUAUCCUUCAGGGUAUUAGGUUCCCGCGGCUUUUAUUCAUGAUGCGCAAUACAUCGGUGGGAGUUUUGCCACGAUCCAUGUUCGAGCACACGGGUACGGCCCAGAACAUCAGCCUGGACAUCAGGAACAACAGCAUCCACACGCUGGGCAACCCCUCCACGGCGGACUUCCUGGGGGUCCCAAGGAAGACUUUCCUCACCCAACUUCUCGUCGCUGGCAACCCCUGGACUUGCAACUGCGAGCUCGGGUGGAUCGAGGUAUGGCAGCGGAAAAAGCGGCAGUUCCUGUGCCGCUCGCCAGAUGACGCUGUGCGCACUACGACGAUCGCGGUCGAAUGUCUGGAGGCUGAGGAUGACCUACGAAAAGCCGAGUGCUUCAACAUGAAGAACGAAUCCCUAAUCGAGGUGCUCAAAAGUGACAUCGAGUGCGGCUGGGGAGCCGCCUCCCUUCCCCAGACAACCACUUUCCUUCUACUCCUCUCUCUUCUCAUCACUAAAUUUUUAAUUCUAUGAAUUUAAGAAUGGAAACACUGUGUCGAACUGAACCAUGGAGUGUACUGAGUCGUAAUAUAAUGGAGUGAGCUGGGGCAUGUUCUGGUUGACUAGUUCCGAGCCCGGUGUUUGCCGAGAUUAGGUCACCUUUUCGAUACAUUUUCGAUCAAAAAUAGCGGUGUAGAAUACGUAAUAAUUCAUAUCUUCUUUGUUAAUAUCAAAUAGUCUAUCGCCGGUCGGGUCCUAUUCCGGAUAGCGAUUUUUCGAAUGAAUAGACUUGGGAAGAUCGAUUUGAUUUUCGAUACAAAAAUCGGAUGGAAAAAAUCGAUAUCAGAAAAAAUCGGUUUUUUCCGAAAUCGAUUUUAAAACACUUAAAAAUUCAAGUUCGGCACCAAAAACAUAGAUACUAAUAAAACUGAACUUGAAUGAAACUCGGGUUUCACAGAACCUAGGUCUGAUGUGACACAUCAACGUCGAUUUCGAUUUUUUUUCAAUAAGUUGAUUUCCGCUCGAAGAAUCGAUUCUGAUUGUAAAUCGACCUCGAAAAAUCGAUUAAAAAUCGUCAUUCCUAGUCCUCAUGCAUCGAAUUCAAUGGAAUAUGUAUCGAAAUGGAGACCCGGCGUGACUCAAGCGUCACGGAAUUGUGGAUCGGUAAAAUGCUUAAAAGUGGCGUCAGCUCUCCCAUUCACAAUACGACUCUACGUAUUCUAUGAACUUAACACUUCGGUUUCAACAUAAUUCAAAUAAUAAUAUUCUUUUUCCACAUUGAAGCUGAGAUCGAGUCCAUUUUGAUUUUACUUACCGGCCGACAUUAAUUAAUUUUCCAUUCAUUUGACUCCAAUUGACUUUAAAUUCAUUUGACUGUCGGUAAAGUACAUAACCGGAAAAAUGACCGAAGUUCGCCUACACUUCGGUAGGUAUGCAAUUUGAGCUACUUCAAACUUUAAAUAAUUGUAUCACGUAAUUUAGUUCUUUGCAUAAGUUGAAUAGAUCAAGUGUGGAAGAACAGCCGCCACCUUCGGAUCUAGUCGUGAAGUAGGAACGAACAUGAACCUUUCAGUCAAUGAGACUAAUGAAAUAUAUGGAAAAUAAUUAUAUUAUUGAAACCAACAUUGAAUUGAGCUUUCUAUCAUUUUAACUACUUUAUCAUCCAUCCGUAAGGAUCAAGAGUGACAUUCUUCAUAAAUGAAGACUGCAAAAGUUGAAAUGUUACAAAUCCAUGUCGGUAAAAAUAUAUGGCAGCUGUAUCUAAAUUCAUUAUGAUGAGAAUAAAAUUCAACUUUGACAUUUUUGAAGUUUAAUUUUCGUAGCAAAUUUUAAACAGGCGUUCUUGUGCCUAGGAGGGAUAUAAAAAAUACUCUCAAGUUGUCCACUAUCAUAGAUAGCGUGCUUUAUUACUAGCAAAAAAAAGAUCCCUACUUUUUGUAGUCUGCCUCAGAAAAAAGUAAACAAUUUCAAAAAUAUUUCAAAAUAAUUGAGCUUUUGCUCAAAUUUUCAAUACCUUCAAGAAUUGGUUUUAGAUAAUAUCACGAAGUAAUUGUGGGCGACUGUAAAACUCACGAUAGGUCGAAAACGUGACAGACUUGAAGUCCAUACCACAGUUAGAAUAGAGAUACAUUUUUCAAAUUCUCCAAUUUAUCCGUGAAAAGCAUACGGAUGUACGAUCAAAGUCACUCUCGCAAAGUUAAUGGGCACGUAUUAGCUUUCUUGGCCAUUGGCAAGAACGAUUUUUACUCUACGUUCCUAUACAUAACUGAAUCGACUCUGAAAGACUAAUAUAACUGACAUUUUUUACGUUUAAUCUCUCCUUUUGUACAUUUUAUACUCGUAUUUAUUAUCAGAACGUACCCUUCGUCCCACCGAAAAUCCACCGUAAAUGUUAUUUCAUAGAAAAUCGUCAUAAAGUUAAACUGCAAUGUUAUGGCCGUGAGCUCAUACAUUUUAGGUUUGUAAAUAAAAGACUGCUUAGCUUUUCUCACUCAUCAACGACUGAAUACGGUAAUAAAUGUUUGGAAAGCUUUGUCGUACUCAAAUGAGAUAAGGGAAUAUCGGUGCAGGAAGCCUUUGCUCAUUUUACGGGGUCACCUUAUUUAAAAGGAUUUAUGAAAAAAUAAAAAAGGAGGGCAAAUUUUUCACACUCUGUGGCCGUAAGAAUUCCUACAACUUUGAGAGGAGAGAGGAUAUUCAGUUAAAAGUUGCUUUUGAGAAUUAUUGUAAACAGCAGUGGCGUGGCGUGUUUUGUGAUAUAUUGAUUGAUCUGCCAUCAAAUGGGGAAAUAUCGAUAAUGAGCAUUCGCACUCCUCGCUACUGGUAAGCACCUAUGAUGUAGAUUGAGGGAUCGAAAAUGAACAAAAAUAGUUUUACGAUACAUUUAUAAGUUAGAAAAAACGGUCUCUUCUAGGGUUACUGUGGUGGAUGUUUCAUUCAUGAUUUGCAUUCCAAUGUGUAGUGUUUAAGCUUAAUAUUAAAUUUAAAAAAGAUUGAUAAUUAAUACUUAUUUUCCUAUGGAAUACGACUUUUCAUUUCUUUCUAAUUUAUUUAAUUCGAUGCAUGCACAUUUUUGAGGCCAACCCAUUGCUGAAAAUGAGUUUAAUACUGUCCUAAACUAAAAAAUUUACAGCUUAACGGUAAACUCAACUUCUUACAGCUUUAAAAUGCGAUUUUCGUGCAAAAUGAAAUUGUUCUAAAAACAAUAAUGGCACAGGCCAUGAAAACAUUUUGAUUCUCAAUAAUGCAUCAUGUUUUUUUAUUUUUGUUUUUGCAUAUUUUUAAUUUUUAUUUUUUUUUUCGAUAAAAUCAGUAUUGUGAUUCAUAUUUGUGAUUUCCAUGCAGUAUCGUAUGCCAUCUUUAUUCUGCUCAUUCUUAGCAGGAUGAAAGCUGUACAAUAGGAUAGUAUCAAUCAAUAUCUCUUUUAAUAUGAAUAAUGAUCUACCAGAGCUUUUUCUUCACAUACGUCAAUGUAGCAUAAAAUGAAAUUGAAUACAGCAUUGAGGUCGUAAUGUGAUUUACACGGACGAUAAAUAAUAAUACCAUAUCCGUUAAGUAAAAAGGAAAACUAGUAAUUUCUUAUCUGUUUUAUUUUACCUGUUACUUUCUUAAGUAUCGAUCUGUUUUCCAUUGUCUCUGCCGCAAUUUUUCAUCGGCAAGGAAUUUGUUACUUAUAAUUUUUACGACUUAAGUUAGGCUUGUAAAAAUUGUUAAGAUAAGUGUAAAUAUGAAUUGUAGCUUUUCGGUUUGUUGCAUUGUAUUUCAUGGAUGUAUUUUGUUAAAUGUGUGUGAGCAAUUUAAAUGUAGAUCAGCAUCGUUUUUGAUUCGUAUUAAUGUUCAGUCUGUAGGAAAAAAACUUACUUCUUAGUGAGCUCCAGUUUAUCACUGAUAUAAAUAAAGGAAAAAUUUCUACUUAAAA